CCAUAGCCACCAUUUGGGUUCCUCUUCAUCUCCUAUAUAUAUCUGACUGCCUCUAUUUCACUUCACUUGACAACUCACUUUCCAUAACUUGCUGCUCUGGUUUGUCGAGGAUCAUUAAUUUAUCCAGACAGACACAGAUUUGCUUAUAUCUUAACUUGCAAUGGCUCCAUCAGCAGAAACUAUCAAUCCUAGAGAUGUUUGCAUUGUUGGUGUUGCCCGUACACCAAUGGGUGGCUUUCUUGGCUCUCUUUCAUCAUUGUCAGCUACCAAGCUUGGAUCCAUAGCUAUUGAAAGUGCUCUUAAGAGGGCAAAUAUUGAACCAUCACUUGUCGAAGAAGUAAUCUUUGGAAAUGUACUCAGUGCAAACCUGGGCCAAGCUCCUGCCAGACAAGCAGCACUUGGUGCAGGAAUCCCUAACACAGUGGUCUGCACAACUGUCAACAAAGUUUGUGCAUCUGGGAUGAAAGCAACUAUGCUUGCUGCGCAAAGUAUCCAGUUGGGCAUCAAUGAUGUUGUUGUUGCCGGUGGCAUGGAAAGCAUGUCAAAUGCUCCCAAAUACAUUGCUGAAGCAAGAAAAGGAUCUCGCCUUGGGCAUGAUACUCUUGUUGAUGGAAUGCUUAAAGAUGGUUUGUGGGAUGUCUACAAUGAUUGCGGAAUGGGAGUUUGUGCUGAAUUAUGUGCUGAAACUCAUAAAUUAUCACGAGAAGACCAGGAUAAUUUUGCAGUUCAAAGUUUUGAACGCGGUAUUGCUGCUCAAAAUGCUGGUGCUUUUUCAUGGGAGAUCGUGCCGGUUGAAGUAUCAGGGGGAAGAGGAAAGCCAUCUACAAUUGUUGAUAAGGAUGAAGGUUUGGGGAAGUUUGAUGCUUCAAAGUUGAGGAAACUCCGACCAAGUUUUAAGGAAACUGGAGGUACCGUGACUGCUGGCAACGCUUCUAGCAUAAGUGAUGGUGCUGCUGCUCUGGUCUUAGUAAGUGGAGAGAAAGCUGUUAAGCUUGGUUUAACUGUGAUUGGAAAGAUUAAAGGAUAUGCAGAUGCUGCUCAUGCACCCGAACUAUUUACAACUGCUCCUGCACUUGCAAUUCCAAAGGCUAUUAAAAAUGCUUGCCUUGAAGCUUCUCAAGUUGACUAUUAUGAAAUCAAUGAAGCUUUUGCAGCUGUGGCUCUUGCAAAUCAGAAGUUGCUGGAGCUUGAUGCGGAGAAAGUAAACGUUCAUGGUGGAGCCGUAGCUUUGGGGCAUCCUCUAGGAUGCAGUGGCGCCCGUAUAUUGAUUACACUUCUUGGGGUGUUGAAGCAGAAGAACGGGAAAUACGGAGUUGGCGGCGUGUGCAACGGCGGAGGAGGUGCUUCCGCCCUGGUGUUAGAGCUGGUUUGAUCCUUUUUAGUUAAUCAAUAUAGGAAAUUAACCAUGCUUCUGCCAUUUGGGUUUCAUCUGUACUAUUUAGAGGUUAUGUUUAGAUGCCCAAACCACGACCUGGGAACAAAUUUCACUACCUGGGGCCCCUUUUUAUGUAUUCCAAAUGUUUUUGUUUUUUUUUUUUUUUCAUUUUGAGUGUAUUGUGUAUUAUCAUCAAUAAAAUGGAGGCAGGAUGACUUUCCGCCAUAAUAUCAA